GUCCUCGCCCUUUUCGUUCGUCCUCAGUGCAGGAUAACGGAGCAGUCACCUCCUUCGGCUUCUCAAAACAACGAGAAAUUUUGACCGAGUGUCGCGUUAGAUUGGCCUCGCUGUUGUUGUCCUGUCCACUACACGCCUGAUAAAGAGCAUUACUCCGUCAAGUGGGAUUUUUUUAAGAGACCCCUGGACAAUCAUCAUCACAGCUGCUGACUAUGGAUCUGAUGUUGCGCCGCUGUCCAUUCGUGGCUCGUGUGCCCCAAGCCUUCCUCCAGCAGACCAAAAAGUCCCUGUUGGCGUACGCCCAGCGAUGCCCCAUCAUGAUGGAGUUGGCCUCUAAACCCAUGGCUCCAUCAAUGGCCCGGGCCCUCUGCUCCUACUCCUCUUCUUCCUCCCACCAGAAGACUGAGGACAGUGUGUCUGCCGUUGAAGGCCCCAAACAGGAAGGGGAGCCCAAGCUGCCUACUGGUCACCCUAUGCCACCCUCAGGCCAGGCAGUGGCCUCCAAAUGCCCUUUCCUGGCUGCUGAGAUGGGCCAGAAGAACAGCAGUGUGGUCCGCCAGGUUUGCAUGGAUUUCCAAGAGGAUGUCCAGGAAGUCCGCACUGUCCAGAAAGAGGUGUCCCCUGCCCAGUUGAACAAGCCACCCUUGGUCAGUGCCAUGAAGGGAAGCGGCGAUGAGCAAACUAAUCUAAUGAAGACUCUCCUGAAACAGCGACCUAAAAGGGUGUCCCACUUGCUGCAGGAUAACUUGCCAGGAAGUAUGUCCUCCUUCCACUACGAUGACUUUCUUGACAAGAAGAUAGUGGAGAAAAAGAGUGACCACACAUACCGUGUGUUUAAGACGGUGAAUCGUCUGGCCAGUGAGUUCCCCAUGGCCACCGACUUCACGGGCACUUCAGAGGAAAAGAGGGAGGUGUCCGUUUGGUGCAGCAAUGACUACCUGGGCAUGAGUCGACACCCACGGGUCAUGCAAUCCAUUAUCGAUACUUUACGAAAGCAUGGCUCAGGGGCAGGAGGUACCAGGAACAUCUCUGGGACCAGCAAAUUCCAUGUGGAACUGGAGCACGAACUGGCUGACCUUCACAACAAGGAUGCUGCCCUGCUCUUCACCUCCUGCUUUGUUGCCAAUGACUCCACCCUUUUCACCCUCGCCAAGAUGCUGCCUGGUUGUGAGAUCUACUCUGAUGCCGGCAACCACGCCUCAAUGAUUCAGGGUAUCAGGAACAGCGGUGUGAAGAAGUUCAUUUUCCGCCACAAUGACGUCGCUCAUCUCCGAGAGCUUCUACAGAAGGGAGAUCCCACAAAACCAAAGAUCGUGGCCUUUGAGACUGUCCAUUCCAUGGAUGGUGCUGUGUGUCCGCUGGAGGAAAUGUGCGACGUGGCCCACGAGUUUGGUGCCAUCACCUUUGUAGAUGAGGUUCACGCUGUGGGUCUCUAUGGCGCCAGAGGAGGGGGCAUCGGAGACAGGGAUGGCGUCAUGCACAAGAUGGAUAUCAUCUCAGGGACACUAGGCAAGGCCUUCGGUUGUGUGGGCGGCUACAUCGCGAGCACCGCUGCCCUGGUGGACACGGUGCGUUCCUUCGCUGCUGGAUUCAUCUUCACCACAUCUCUGCCGCCAAUGCUGCUGGCCGGAGCCAGGCAGUCGAUCCAGGUUCUGAAAGGUGAAGAGGGCCGUACGCUGAGGCUAAAGCACCAGCGCAACGUCAAGCUGCUCAGACAAAUGCUGAUGAACUCUGGGCUGCCCGUGGUGCACUGCCCCAGCCACAUCAUCCCAGUCCGGGUAUCAGACGCGUUGAAAAACACAGAGGUGUGUGACAUCAUGAUGAGUCGCCAUAACAUCUACGUGCAGGCCAUCAACUACCCCACUGUUGCCAGGGGAGAUGAGCUUCUGCGUAUCGCCCCGACGCCUCACCACACCCCUGAGAUGAUGAAAUACUUUGUUGAGAGGCUGGUGCACACAUGGAAGGAGGUGGGCCUGGAGCUGAAGCCCCACUCAUCAGCGGAGUGCACCUUCUGCCAGCAGCCGCUGCACUUUGAGGUCAUGAGCGAUAGGGAAAAGUCUUACUUCCAUGGCCUCAGCCACCCGAUCUCGGCCUGCGCAUAACACUACUCACUACAGCUGGCUGAAGACGGCACAUACUCGCUCAAUGCCCAUUCCUCUGUCACUAUCAUAGAAUGUAUUAAUUAUCUUUAAGUUCUCCUACAUAUAUUAUUUAAAGUUCUCUAUGUUCAGAUGUUCUAUAUGCUCACAAUAAAAAAGAAAGAAAGAA